AUGACAACCACCUGGGUCCGCCUGGGCUUCUACGAAGACGGGGGCAGGACUGCUCUCCUGCCCACCGACACCAUCUCAACCAUCCCCCAGAAAGCCAUUGAUAUGCCUAACAGCCCGGCGCACAACGCACAGGACCUCGCCCAAUUCCUCCACACCAUCUGCCACCUCUCCGCCGACGGCCCUCCCGACUUCCACCUCCACACCGACAGCGGCGGCGACGACAUCGACACCGCCACGGCCAGCGCCGAACCUUGCACCAAGAAAAGACCCUUGUACCUGCUCGGAUGGGAUGUCGGCGUCUUCUUCCACGCGUCGCAGGAGGAGGCAGAGGCGGUGUACGUCCACUUCGAGCCGGAGUCGGGCGUCAGCGGUUCCCAGAUAGUCGAGGGCGCGCGCCGCCUGUUGAAACUCGCCCAGGAGCUUGAGCGUGAGCGUGAGCAGCAGCCGGAGCCGGAGCCGGAGCCGCAGCCGGAGCCGGAGAGGGGAAGCAAGCGUGAGAGGAGCAGCAGCAGCGACAGCGACAGCAGCAGCGGUAGUGACGACGGUCCGGCGGUCGUCCCCAAGCGCGCGCGUCUGGCUAGGCUUCCUUCUAUUCGUGCUCCUCCUUCACCUGUUUCUAAGUCACCUGUUUCUACUUCAUCUGUUUCUACUUCACCUGUUCCUACUUCGCCCGGCCCGCAGCAGGUGACCGACAACAACGGCGGCGGCAGCGUCGGCGAGCUGGAGUCGGAUUUGGAGUCGGAGCUGGAGUCGGAGCUGGGACACGAGCAGCAGGAGGAGGACAAAGAGGAUGGAAAUGAGGAGGAAGAAGAGAAGGAGAAAGAGGAGGAACUGGUCACGGUGCGCUUCUCCUUCACCAACCGCAUGACGCGGUCGCACGGCGUGACGGUGCCGGACUUGGUCAUGCCGCAGGUGCCCGCCGCGCGCCUGCUGAGGGAAUGCGAGCAUGAUGUCAAGAGCCACGCGUUUGAGGCGUUUAUGCAGAGCAGCCGCCGCGGCGGCCGCGGUAGCAUCAACGAAAGGCAGGCGCUUGCGCUGGGUGAGUGUUUGGCGGUGAGGAUGUUGGUGGAGGGCAACGAUGUUUUGAUGGAGAGGAGUACGGUGGGGGAGUAUGCGGUGGUGGGAGAGGGUGGCGAGAGGGUUUUGAAGGGGACGGUGGAGAUGUGGAGAGAGAAGGACAUCGAUAUGGAGUUGCUGAGGAGGGAGUCGAGGAAGUUGUAG